AUGAAACUCAGAUUGUUCUCUGUUUCAAGGAACAAUGGAUUUAUUAUAACCUAAAAGGAAAUACAGCGGGAGCAGCAACUACUAUGACAGAUGGAAAGUCCCUCCUUUGAUCCAAGCCCUCAUUUGCCGGGAAGUCCAAUUUACUAUCCACCAACCAAUGACUUUUGACAUAUCUAUGAAGCUUGGUCAACAGUGCUUGAUGGACAAUAACACAUGUGGUGCUGCGAAGAACCCAAACCAAUCUGGCUGCAGAGUUAUAGGUUUUAUUCUGUUGGCUCGAGGGGCAAUGAUAGUGACGAACUGUGACCGACUCUUUGGGAAGUUCAGGGAUAACUCUACUCUCUCUUUAGAACUUUAACGAAGAAGAAGAACGCAGCGGCGCCUUAAGUCACCGCAGCCUCAGUGAAAUUGAUCGUCACGCUUUGGGAAGCAAGCCAAGGAUGAAUUGUUGACGGGACUGAUUACCCGAUUCUUUGUAUGCCUCUUUCUAUCUGAUCUGAGGUUUUGGGGUCCGUUAUAUACAUGGCUCUUAUUUUGAGUUUGUAGUUUCCACCGAUAUCAGCUUAUCACUCCUUCAAUGAAGUUUUAAGGAUGGUAGUAUGGGUCAUUUAAAUAUUGUAAUCAAG